AUGGAGAGUAGACAGAUACGAUGGAGAGAAACCACACAUCAUGGCGACAGUGGUUGGCAGCCAGUUGUUCGAAGGUAUGGAAGACGGGGAGUGUGGAAUAGAAGGGAGGUAGCAGAUAUCCACUUUGUUUUUGUGGACAAUAUACAUGAAGUAAUGGGGGCAAAAGGGCUAUAUUCCAUCUUUGUUAACUAUGGUGUAGUCAUGGAUGUUUUUAUUCCCAAUAAGAGAAGGAAAUUGACACGAUCGCGAUUUGGUUUUGUAAGAUACAAUUGCUCUGUUGCAGCAGCCGUAGUAGUACAGAAAGCUAAUGGGCUGUGGUGUGAUGAUAGAGCCCUAAAAGUCAAAAUGGCAGAUUUUGGGAAGGAAUAUGUCACAAAGAAUAAACCUACAAAACCAACAUAG